CUCCCCUAUCAGCCGGAGUUGGCUUCCAACGCAAUCUCUAUUUGUCAGAUUCGGGUCUGGAAGCACAAAUCGGAACACUCGGCGUUUUAGUGCCCGCCCUCUCAGACACGUUGCCUUGGGAGAAGUAACACGGGGCCACACAACUGCAGGUCUACAUCACUGAACCCACGUACGCUUCUCAACAGAGGCUCGAUCUGGCGCUCCAGUUGUCUUUGGAUAUACCGCCGAAACAAAGGACAGUGCGGCCAUUCGUCCCAUCCGGCUUGAGGUCAGUGAUGGUUCAUGCUGGUUAGACCCUGCUUCCUAAGAUGUCAGCUUCAGAUUCGGACUAUUCCAUUGACUGGCUGGCCAGUGACGAUGAGGACAACGAUAGCGAGUUAGAAUCAGACUGUACCAAAGUGCAGGGACAAACCACCUUGCCAAAAUCCCCCACCUCGGGGGUCGUCCAGGGGGUCCAAACUUGCCAGUCGCUCUCAAAGAGGAAUGGAGAUAAAGGGGAGGUAAUGGACAAAGAGAACAUGAGUUCUCGGGGAAGUUCUCCUUCUAACUGCAAUAGCUCUGACUACAGCGAGGAUGGCAGUCAUUCUCUCCUGGGACAAGGGGAUCGGACCAAUUGCAGCCGGUGCCCGGAGAGCCCUAUAGGCAAAAAGAGGCAGGCGCUGAAGAGAACACGGAGCUCCAUGGUGCCAGAGCAAAGGGAGAGGCAGCUCACGCCUGAACAAAUGGAGAAAGACAGGCUGUUCGCAUGCAAGUGCUUGGAGCUGCAGUGUUACAUUCACCCACUGUCCUCAAUCCUUAAUGGCCUCCGCUCAGGCAGAUACAGAGAACGCCUCAGCAGUUUCCAAGAGAGUGUGGCCAUGGACCGCAUCCAGAGGAUAAUGGGGGUCCUGCAGAAUCCCUGCAUGGGAGAGAGAUAUGUUAACAUCAUUCUGAAAAUGGAGGAAAUGUUGAAGAACUGGUUCCCUCACAUAAAACCUCAACGAAGCGACCAAGCCAAUACUGCGGCGCUGAUGGAGGAGACGACCCCAUCUAAGAAAACCAAGUUGUCUCCAGCUACAUCUCCCCUGCUCACUGGCAUUGCAAACCCUGCCACCACAAGUGCCCUUUCAAUGGGUAACAAGGCAAUGAGAGUCAGCGACCUCACACCCCCAGGGCCCUACUCUGCAACCAACCUAAAAUGGCUCCACACAUCACCCAUCUGCUCCCCGACGGCUGAACAAGCUCAGGGGACGGUUCGGAACGUUCUAACAGCUCACAGGGACAGUGACGCGACGCAGGACAACUCUGUGUCCUCCAGCACGGACCGUCUAUGUAAGACAGAGUCUGCUCACAGUCGACCGCCUCCGGCCAAGAUUAACGCGCCAUGCCUUGAAAGACUUCUUAAAUCCACAGAGAGUAUCAUCUCCCAGAAAGGCCCAGUCGGCUUGGGUGGCAUGGCAGCUGGUGGAUGGUCCUAGUCCUGUGAAAGGGCUCUGGGAGAUCAGAGCCUAGCUUGAGCAUGACUGCCCCCAGCUGGUCUGGAGUCACCCGACUCCAGCACAAUCCCUGCCUCCAUUCUAGCCUUGGGAAGAGGCACAGAAUGCAGCAGAGGGAGUUCAGCGUAGCCCAGCAAAACAGUGACGCUUUCAGUUACAAA